GAAUCAGAUUCUGUUUCCUAUUUUGUGUCAACACGUAAUCCGAAGUGUCAGCACCACACGAUCAGCAUCUAAAAUUCAGUUUCCUAUUUCUAUUCCAAGUCCUACUUCUAUUUCAAUUAGGGUUUCUAAAUCCUAUAAAUACCCAUCCAAAUACAGAAUUAAGAGAGUUUUGGAAGGCUCGUGGCAGCCCUCUUUUGGGGCACUCUUGAAGUGAUUUAUGCAUGAACUUGAGAAAGAAUUGUGUAGAUUAGACCAAUAAUAAUAUAAACCGUGUGCUAGACUAUGAGACCGAGAGGUAAUUAGCUCACGUGUGGUAGUGGAGGAAGAGAAGAGAGUUAGUAGCUCCCCCUUUUUAAGCUAGAGAGAUUGCUACUGGACGAAAGUCUACAUAUUGAAUGGGGGAAGAGUUUGAUUUGGGGUUGGUGGAGUGGGUCUGGGAUCUUUAUGGGAAAGGAAGACUUCUUUUCGAUGUUGAUGAGAGAGUGAGGAGGGAUUUUGAUGGGAAACAAGCAGAAUGUUUGAUGAUUGUUGGAAUGUGGUGCUCUCACCCUGAUAGCAACUUAAGGCCAUCAAUUCAGCUAGCAAUUCAAGUUCUAAAGUUUGAGGCAGUAAUGCCAAAUCUUCCUGCAAAAAUGCCUAUACCUAUGUACCAUGUACAUACACCAUUAGUUAACUCUAGAGAACCUUCUGUUUCUUAUUCUAGCAUAGAGGCAGGUAGUUAAGACAUUAUUUAGUUAACUUUCAUCAAAUAAAACAUCUGGUUAUCU